CGCCUAGGGAAAAAUGAAAGCCCAUUAACGGGGUGAGCCCGGGGAUUCACUUUUGAGAGGCUGCAGAGCACUUAUCUGAUGGAGCGAGACCAUUAAGUGCCGCGAGGUGCAGCAUCCCCCAGCCGGGUGCGGACAGCCUGGGGGUGCUUGCGCAGUCCUCCUCUCCCCCGGCUGCUCCCCCGGGCCGCGCGGGUUCCCGUGGAAGCUCCCGGGGGCUUGGCCGACAGCAGGGCAAGGGGAGGGGGCAGAGCUGCCCUGGGACGGGAGCCCUGCCAGUCCAGGGGAAGCGGUCUGUCCCGACGGGGUCUGGGGAGGGCUCGGGGUGCUGCCCACCCGCAGCCCCGCACCGGCCCUGGGCGGGUGGCCGUGGGCCGUGAAGCCCUCGGCGCCCGGGACCCCCGGUGCGGGCUUCCCGCGCAGGGUUCCCAUUGGCCGCGGGGCGGGACGUGCCGCCCCACUCCCAGCCCUAUAUUAGGGAAAUAUUGCCCCAGCGGGGUGUGGGGAGCGGUGCUGCCCCGCAGGCCAUGGACCUGGGGUACUUUCCCCUCGCCUUCCCGCCGGGGCUGUGCCGCGGAACCCCGGAGUCACCCUUUUCCCGGCUGGCGGACGGCACCUUCCUGGCGCUGGGCACCGCAGCCAGCGCCGCGUCAGCCCCGCCGCCGGCUGCUUGCGCAGGGGCAGCGGGGUACACGGCGGCCGCCCCCGCGGCGCCGGGCUCCAGCUACCGACCGUCCCGCGGAGCCGGGCCGUCGGACUGCUCCACAUCCAUCUUCCCCGGGAGCGGCCGCCCGCCGACGCCUCCGGAGGCCGGCCCCUCCUGCCCCGGCGGUGUCCCCCCGCCCGGCUCCCUGGCCCCCUCGGCGGCCCCGGCGGCGCCCCGCACCUUCGAGUGGAUGCGAGCGAAGCGGAGCCCGCCCGGGAGAAGCGGUGCGGCGCCGUGCAGGGGGGACCCUCCCGCCUGCCCCGCACGCACCAGCUUCAGCACCAGGCAGCUCACGGAGCUGGAGAAGGAGUUUCACUUCAGCCGGUACCUGUCGCGGGCUCGCCGUCUCGAGGUGGCCCGCUCGCUGCGCCUCCGCGACGCCCAGGUGAAGGUCUGGUUCCAGAACCGCCGCAUGAAGCAGAAGAAGCGGGAGCGGGAAGCGCUGGCCGCCCCCACCGCCGCGCCCGCCGAUGCCCUGGGCGGCCCGGCGUGAAGC